CCCCCCCCCCCUGCUCCUCCUCCUGCUCCCACCCCCCCCUUUCUACACACCAGCUCCUGCUCGCGCGCUCCUCUCCGGGACAGACGCGGUGGCACGAGACUCGCGACACGCUCCCGACACCGGUCGGCUGGCCGCGGGGCAGGAAAAAAAAAAAAGCGGUGGAAUUAAACUACAUUCAUUGACUGGAGAGCGAUGCUCUGGCAGCAUGGCCAAGUGGUUGAAGGAGCACCUAGGAUUCAAAACUACCAAAGCACCCCCUCCGGCGCCUCCGAAACCGGACUACAGACUGUGUCUCACCGGCACCGUGCCCGGUGCGCCCGGCUACCAACAAACCGGCUGCGGGGUCGGCUUCCCGAGCCCCGCGCAACCGGACAUCGUCGCUGCCUACAAACUGCAGAAGGAGCGCGACUUCGAGGACCCGUACACUCCAGGUGGAAACAUUUCCUAUGGCCCGGGCUUAAACAGCGGGGGGUCGCCGGACAUCAAGUACGUGUCCCCGAAGCACCGACUUAUCAAGGUGGAAACGAUGGAGAAGAGCAGCCCGGCUCCGGGCGGCGGAGUCGCGGUCACGCCGGCUGUUGCCGUGGGGAGCGUUAAAUCCCCAACUUCGCCUCCGUCGGAGCACGACAACAAGGAGAAGCCCAACAUCCUCGAGGACUACGCGGACCCUUUCGACGCCGAGCAGACUGGCGGAACUCAGACCAGCACAGAAAAAGCGUCGACCGAGAACGACGGCUACAUGGAGCCUUAUGAGGCGCAGAAGAUGAUGGCAGAAAUCCGAUCCGGUGGGCGAGGGCCCAAGGACGGGCCGGCGAGGCAGCUGCCCCUGUACGACACGCCGUACGAGCCGGCCGAGAACGGCGGAGACUCCGACCCCGAGCACCCGCGCUGCCCCCGAGAAAGCCGGCUGCCCCAGGACGACGAGCGACCCCCCGAGGAGUACGACCAGCCGUGGGAGUGGAAGAAAGAGAGGAUUUCCAAAGCAUUUGCAGCUCUGCUUUGUUAUAACUGCAUUAGCUACGAGGGUUCUGUAAGUGGCACUGGAUCAGGUCCCCACGGAGGAAAGGACUGCUCUUCUAAAUCCCUCACAGGUACCAUUGGAGACGGGGCUGGGGAUUGUCUCUUGUCUGUCUUUAUAUCCAUCUUAGACUUUUAUGCCUUGACCCGAAUUGUGCAAUUUGAACUGAUUUAUUUGCCUAAAUCCUCAGCACACAGGUCAAGAAUGUUCCUUCACAAUGAAUGUCACACGCAUCUUUUGCGGUUCAUUAGUGGGUGUAAAAGUUUUACCCUGCAAGAAUUGGCCUGUGUGUUCUAACCUUAAAUCUACUAGUAUGUUGAGAAAAUGUCAUCCACUUCAAAUCACCUUGAUUAGAAUGACAUUAGCUGGAAGUGGACUAAAGAAAUGUGCAGCUAACAGUCUUGUGUGUCAAGGUGCAGUAACACUUCUGGGUGCUCAGUAGUGAGUGUGAGCAGGGGGAUUGAAGUGUGGGAAUAUGUGGUCUCUGAGGGUGCUGUGAAACCAGAAUAAUACCUGUGCCAUUUUUAUGACUAGCAUUGCAAUUGUAAUAUUAGAAGGAAUCAUGUUUACAAGUGUUGAAUAACAUGUGGAAUUAUUAUGAGACAAUUUCUUUUGUACCAGACAUCUCUGCAGCAAUGACAGUACUUAAUAUGAAAUGCUAUUUUGACAAACAUGUCACAUUAUAAAUGUUCAACCUUUGCAAAUUUGCAAUUUUCACAACAUUUCGAUAAAUUGUGCAGCUUUGAUUAACACUACAGUUCUAAAAACACUGAACAAAAACACAAAUCUUUCCUGAGUGAACUCAUCAGGAUGACUAAUGCAUCAAUCGAUGAAGCCAUUGUGUGUUAAUUAGAGCUUAAUAAAUAAGCCAAAAUAAAUAUGCAUGGCCCAAAGUCUCACUUUGGAAUACAGUCAGGAAGUUGCUACAUUUGUGAUUCAUUUCUUCACACUUAAUUGAGCUUCAUCACAUUGUAAAUCUCACAAAGCAAUUUAAAAAUGAUGGAAAUUUCCUUAAUUAUAAUUUGAUCAUGUUCUACUUUAUUCCCCAUACUUUUUUUGUCAUUUCCAUGUAUUACACUUGUAUUCAUUCAUCGUAUCUUUGGUUUGGGUAGACUGCAUUGCAUUUCUAGCGUUUAAAUAAAUCCAAAUAGAUCAGAAGCAGAGUGGAUGCUGGAGAGAUGAAUCUCCAAUGGUGUUUUUCUGUUAAUGAGAAGUUAAAGAUGAGCAUUAGAAGACACCCGGAGGCAAGAUCAUAGAAUAAGUCCAAAAUAACAACACGCCUGAUACAAAAUCCACAAGUUACUUUCAGAUUAAAAGAAAAGAUCCAAGGACACUAGAGCAACAACAAAGAAAUGUUCUCAAACAUUUAGUCUGAGUCGAUACUUCGGAAUGAUUUUGAUAUUGCUUUUAAUCUCUUAUGAUUGCACAAUUCAAAUUUGGAUACAUUUCCAGCUGGCCCAUGUUUGUAGAUGUGAACCAUAAAUUGCUCACUUAGUAGACAAGGUGAGCCGCAGUGAAGGCAGCAGCUCUGAAGCCUGUGGAGAAACGGAUCAGGAGCUGAGCCGGACUGCAGCAUGUGAUAUGUUUCAGUGUGUGUAAACUCUCCUAUGUGACAUUACAGGGUAGCAGGCUCAUCAAUCUCAUUUGUUGAAGAAGAAAAAGCCUCGGGGGAGUAUUUAGUGCAUACCUGCAGGCGAUGAGCGUACCACUCUGUACCACAUACUGUACCUCAUUAAAGCCACAACAGGGAACUUUUUCCUUUUUAUUUUGGCGGUACUUGUCCACAGAAGUAGUAGCUUUCCGUCCUCAUUCUACUGCUGCAGCCUCUGACAGUCGUUCCACUCGCUCCUGGUUCUCUCGUGCCUCGAGCUCUACCGCUGCCGGAGAUUUGACUUGCAUAGCAUCACGUGAUUUCACACGAAAUCCGACCCGACGGCAUUAAGGACAGGAAUUAUGUAGAAAUGGAGGACAAUCUUUUUUACUUAUGUCGGCCGCAUAGACGCAGCAGAAUCAAAUCAAUAACUGUCUCAUAACUGGUUAAAAGCUGCACAGUUGAAACAAGACUUUAAAACUCUUCAGAGCAGUGAAGUCAGAGCAGGCUGUGUGUGCGUGUGUGUGUGUGCGUGUACAUCAUUGUCCUGUGUCUAUUCUUUCAUCAGCACUCUUUUUUCAAUUCUCCUUUCCUCACUUACUUUCUGUUUCUGGUUUACGUCUCUGUAUUCUAGGCACUGAGGUCGUCACAGAAGUCACGCUGUUCUGUCUCUGCCAGUUAUUAGAUAAAUAAUGGACGCUGCUCUCUUAAUCACUUUCUUCCUCUCCCUCAUAAUUUUUCCGUCCAACAGCACUCAGAAGUUUGUGUAGAGCGCUAUUUACUAACACACCCCACUUUCAACUCCCCCUUCUGCAGGCGGCGUCCCUCUUUUGAUGAUGAUUAAUUUAAUUUUCCAUUCAAUGUCAAAGUGUUGGCUGGCAAUUGGGGAGAUACUUCUUUAGGUUGUCUUUCAAAGACAAAAGCUGCAGUCCUGAAAGUCCUUUGAUUUAGUGCUUGUCUUUAUUCUGAGUGUUGUUCUAUUCAGGCAGAAAUAAUGCCCCACUAUUUGGGAGACAAAGGGAAAGAAGAGGAAAGAUGAGAAAGAGGUCUUUGGGACAAGCCUUUCGCUGCAGGUUUCCGUUCAGUUCGGCCUCGGAUCCAAACAUCAAGGGGCUUAGAAAAAGUUUCCCAUCUUUCAGGACUUGAGCCUGUGUGCCUGCUUUUAACUUUAGCAACCAGCUCGCCGCAAAUGUCAAGAAAUGAUACACAGCUUCAGAAUUUAAAUCCACUUGUGAGCCAGUGCUUUAGGACAGCCUACAAACAGCUCGGAGCCCGCUGUUAUUCUUAUUCUGUUAUUAUGGUCCUGCUGUUGUCCACAUCUUGCACAUCGACACACUGUUGGGAGCGAGCUGGAGAUCUUUGGAGAUUGUGAUGCAACCAAUAUUCCAAUGCUGUCAGAAGUUGAAAAUCUGUGGUAUCAUAUUUCUAAUAGCAAUAUAAACUUUAGCUUGAGACGUCUGGACAUGUUUGCUCAGGUAGUUGUGGAAUCCAUGUUGGGAUAAUAUUUCACAGCUGAUUAAGAGUUACUUUCAUCAGUUGUAUCUGGUUUCUCAAACUGGGGCCAUGCUGGUUUUGGUGGUAUCAGCUUUAUCAGAGGGACUUUUUCCUGAACAUAGUUGUUGGAGCGUUUCUAGUUAUAGUUACUAUAUUUUAUGUGGGGAAAAAGCAUCAUAUGAAUUUGCUUAGGUGCUUGAGUGGAGGUUUAAGGCAUACGGUUAUAAAAAAAAGUCGAAGCCGUGUAAAAAAUAUGUUAAUUAUUUGAUUAUAUAUGGUAUCAUAAAUUAUCAAGGAAAAUGUGAAGAACAUUACAUGAACCACCUAUUUGUAAAUGUCCAUUAGAUUUUAUGAAGCUACUUUUUCGAUCUACUGCAGAUGUUUCGUACAAACGAUGGUAACACAACAUUAUGUUUUAUGACACUCGGAGCCUUUGUUUCCGUCCAAUGCUUGUUCAGUCCACGAGCUCCAAACAGUCGACGUCGCUGUGUUCCCAGAAGUCAGCGGCAAGUCUGGUUGUAUGUAAAGAUGUUUUGAGGUUGUUAUUUCAGGCCCUAAAUCGAGACCUUCUGUGGGCACGCAGCAUUUUUAGAGGUCUGCCUAACUACAGCUCCAUGCAUAGAGACCAAUUUUCCUCAGUUAUGUUGCUAUAGUUGCUGAAACACUUAGAAUAUAGAUAAAUAACAAUAUACGGUCGCAGUUUGGAUUUUGUAAGCAUUUUCCUCCCCUCAUCAAAAACCACCUUUCUUUUUUCCGGCAGUCUCAUGGGAAAUGAAAGCAUCUGCAUCGAAAAAAAUAACCGAUAAUGAAAAAAGAUACACAGCUUUACCAAAUCACAGAGUGGGUGUAAAAAAAGAAAUGGGAGGGGAGAUUAAAUAAGUACCAAAUGCUGCCUACUCCCUCCCACCGCGGUUUAACGUGGCGCGCUGUCUGCGUAAAAGACAAUUUGUCUUCAUUAAUGACGGGGGGGGGGGACAGACUAACUGCUCCUGCUGCAUUCCCUUCCUCCUCCUCCGCCUCGCUCGCCCUCUCACAACACCUUCGCUUUGGUGUUAUUAUUUACUGCCGGCCUCUCUCCUGACAGGUACGCCAUAAAAUGUAACCCCCCCACACCCCCUCCUGCCUUGUUAGGGUGUUGAGGAGCUGUGUACUUGUGGUUUGGUUAAUCACUCAUCCUCACUGUGCCCUCCUCCCCCCCCCCCACAUGCAAACCAACACGCACACACUUUCAAAAAUUGCAGACUGAACCCACACGGGCCACAGCUUCUUCCCCCCCCCACCCUCCCCCUCAUGGCUGCCGACUCGCUGAUGGAUGACACUGGAGGCAGAGAGAGAGAGAGGACUACGCAUUCAAAUUUGACCGCACGAAGACGGCCGCUCGUGACGGGCGAGAGCUCAAAGAGCGCAGCGAAAAGCGCGUGUGCGCUUUGACUCACGGCACACAUUCAGACCCGGACGUGCCGCCACGGGAAACCUGAGCCUCGUCACAGCGGGAGGGGGGGGGCGGGUAUUGAGAGCCAUUGUCACUUAAUCUCCUUGCCCUCUGUUACCUGCUACUAACUCCCUCCACUUGGCCCCCGGCCAGCGGGGUACAACGCAUUUAACACGGGAGAUAAGAGGAGGCGCUGCGGCGCGCUCCCUCGGGUCUCGGGGAGCUUUAUGGUUUUUUAAUGAAUCUUCACGGGCUUAACGACCCGGACACCUGAGGCUCAAGUCUAAUGUCCCUAAAAUAAAUAAUUGAUUCAGUUACAGUCCUGCGCGGGGGGGUCGUUUGCGCUUGGGUGGAGGCCAGCUGUUUUGUGGGUGCCAUGGCUCCGUUUCUCUGUGUUUGGCAGGUCCGGCAGCGCUCCCCCCCCCCCACGUCCCGCCCAUCCUACCCUGCGCUGUCCGUCACUCCUCAGCUCUGUCUCGUCCCGCCGGCCUCUGCAGCAACACCCUGCUGAUAACCUUCCUGACAGCGCUCUUUCAUGGGCCUCAAAUGUGUCUGGCCCUCCUUUCACUGAGCGCUGCCACAGGUCUUAUCUCCACUCACACACAUUGGCCACACACAACACGGCUGUAAACCUGCCUCGCCGAGUACAGGAGCAGCGCUCCUCCAGCAGCUGGAGCUCCUGCUGGCCGGGCAUCUCCCACGCAUCUCUCCCUUCUCUCUCCAGAUAGAAGACCAGGGAAAAAAGGGCCUUUGCCACUUUCAUUUUUAAUGCCAAAGCAUAUCUGCGCUUUGAAAGAGAGCCGGAUCGUAUAAUGUGACGGACACGGUGAGGGCAGAUUCAUGGAAUGGCAUUUCAGUUCCUCCGGAGCAUUACACAGCUGUCGACAGAACAAUCACCAGUAAAGGAGAGGCUGGUUUUUGUUUCCAAGCACUCGUGCUGAUGUAAGUAUGUAUGUAUAAACAACUGCAAUCUUCCAGCUUGUUUUGAAUAUGCAUGCAAUUAGCCAACCAAAUUAAGCAGAACUAAAUGAAAAUGCCGUUAGUGGAAACAAGCAGAGCUUCUGAUUUAUGGCGCCGCACUGUUUACAGCGAUGAAGCGCCAUUGGCUAAUAAAAAGCCUGGGUAAGCAAAUACCUGGCCUGAAAGACAGAGCUGUUCCUGGAAGAACAAAGGGAGUGUAGGGACAUUAAAAAGGCUCCAUUGUUCAAGUAUUCUCUGGUUCUUUUGAUGAACUAAGAUCGACAUGCAGGUUUUGAAACCGUUACUUAGCCGCGGCGCCCUCAGAUUGGGGCUCAACCUGGCGGCGUCCAGUCUGAGUGACAUCCCGCCAGCACCGCACGUCUCCAAAGCAAGCAGGACAGUUUGGAAAUGCUCCCAUUGAAAGUCAUAGCGUGGCCACUUUUGUGUGCUUAACUUGUAUGUCCUCUGUCGAUCGAGAAUUCUAAAUAGCCCCUGUACAUAUGUCAACACAAGGCCUUGUGUACUACUAUGGAUUAUGCAGAUCAGAUGUGGCAUAUUGAUCCAAACGCAGUCACAUGAGACGACAAACACCCAGUUAUCUUCGACCGUUUUGACAUAUUCCCUUAUAAAUGGUCCUCGUUUGUUGUGGAAAAGAGAACACAUCGUACCAAUAAUUGCAGUAACCCAUACCGAAUUGUAUUUAAUAAUCGUAAAUUUGGACGUUGACUUUUUGUGUUAAGCUACAGUCUUUCCAUCAUGUCCAAUUUAACGGAGAGCAUGCUUACCACUUCGGAUAGUGACAAUUAUCAAAAAGAUGGUCACGUGAAUUAGACGUUGUGUUUUU